CUGCCCGAAUUCAGCCCGCGCCCCGGUAUCUCGCACCCAUGCGUCAUAUCAGGGGGAAACCCGUGCAGAGGCUUCGUCCUUGCGUGCGGUCCUUAUUCAUUUAAAGGAAAAAGCACAGGCUUUUUCGCGAAGUCAAUCCCCUGGCCAUUGUCUUGCGACUCGAUGUUACGGUGAACCCGCUGGCGAUUGUCUUAGUCUAACUCCAACUCCCCCCAUCGUCCCGAAGCUGUUCAGAUUGUGCCCGCAAUUCUUCCCCGCACAAUCUGAUUGUGCGUUGGCAACGAGCAUCGCCGGCCUCGCGCCUCCCUACCGAGCGUACCACACGAUGCGUCGAGCCUGCCUCCUAAUAAACCACGAGUGCCCCCUUUUUCCUGCCUCCGACCGCGCCUUGCGUUGUUAGCUGGUGCGCAACUGCUGCGAUACAUCCGAUCCGAGUGGUCGUACCGAGGAUAGCGCCCACCGAUCUACAGAACACUCAACGCGGUCUGUAUUUGGUCAUAUUUUGCGGUGCAUUUGAGGAGGUCUUGUGGUGGGUGAAAGGCUUGUCUCGACUAGUAGGAGAAUAUACCCAUUGAGGCUGGGGCGACGCCCUGAAAGAAGACGAUUGUGUGGUUUCUAGUGCUUUUCUCCUGGACCUUGCCGCAGUACGGAAAUUUACUAGCCCGGGAAAAGGUGCGUGAACUGUGUGCGCUCAAGCCUUGUCGCACCUCGAGAUCGGUCAGAUCAAUUCCUUUGAGAUCUACCGAAGCGCCGAGAUCGCUCCAGGUCGAUUGGUUCGCGGCGAGGGUACGCGCCUCGGAGUAUGCUGCAGCCGCUGCGUUUGAGGGUCGUUUGAAGUUCUUUGGUAUCGUUUGCGCACGCUAGCAAGACUGUCCAGCUGUAGAUUUAUGGAUGGCCUCCUCCGAGGUAGAUCAGAAAGCCUUGGGCAACUUCGCGGCCGUGACGGCCUUCGAAAACCCAUACUUGUCGGCUAUGCUCUACAGAGUACUCGGGGUUUCGGUGAUGCUCUCGAAGAAACUCAUUCGUGCCCGCCGGCUCCGUCGAUUAGACGUCACGCGCGAAACGAAAUCGCUUCAGCUCUACCACCACAUUAUAUGGCUGUCGCGCGAAGGCCUAGUUAUCCUGGAACAUUAUGUUCUACCGCUGGUAACCGCAUUUGUCGAAUUGAAGGUGCUAUCAUACAAACUCCGAGCCUCGUUCUAUCACAUCUUCGUGCUCUUCUACAAUCGACCCGUCAUCAUUCCACCCGACGCCGAGCCGCCAGCCGACAUGAAGCGCGACUCGAUCUACAAUCCGGAUUCGUUGACGGCGCCGGAUGGAUUGGCGGCUAAGCAAAGCCAGAAAACAUCUCGGCCUCCGGGCUUAGCACCGGUCCAACCGCCACAAUCGACCGCUUCAUUCCUCCUUCCACCCCUGGACUAUACGACUACCGCCACAGCAUGUUUCAAUCACGCCGCCAUGCUCGCAGACAAACUGCUUCCAGGCUCACAUCCCCUCCGUCUCUCCGUCAAGAUGGAGUAUGCCGCAUACCUCUAUGACUGUCUGCAAGACCCAGUCGCCUCGCGCCGCCUCGCAAAACGCGCCAUUGCGGACGUAUACAACGCCCAAGAAGGCAUGGACGACGAAAGCUUCGAAGACGCUGCCGAGAUCGUUGGUGUACUAGGCAAGAUGGUCAAGCGCGGCGGCAAGUCCGGCAGCAGUACAGCUGGAAGCACCGUUUCUCGGGGCGACCAAUCUCAAAGCCUGAGUAGUCGCAGUCCAUCGCAUCUGGAUAUCAGUGUCCCAACUACCGUCUCCCCUAUUCCUGUCACCAAACCUACGCCCGUUCCUUCCAGCGGUGCCGUCACAGAACCUGCGGUACCGAGCGCGAAUAUGAUGAAUCCGAUUUAAUGUCGCAUGAGAAGUUAUGAUAUAGAAAAGCUGAUGGGAGCGUUUGUUGUUUUUUCUUUGUCCAUGUUCACAAUUGCUUCCUACUCAGGGCUGGUGUUCUGUUUUAUUUUUCAGACUCCUUCAAUGUACAUAUGUGUCCUCGCCAAAGGCACCCACGUGUAAAUAUCUUGUUCUCUAGCUUUCAAUUGCUUACACUUUGCAACCUAAUUGCAAUCUUAGUAUUUCUUGGGCAGUACAUACCCUCCAAUACUGACAAAAAACUGCAUGGCGCGCCCC